AUGGAUCCGGUACCACCGGGCAUGCUCGAAUACCAGGCGCUGAUGACGCUAGGAAUGUCGGCUGUAGCGGGCUUGCCUGCUGACUUCAACUUUAUCAGUAAGCACGUGAAACUCGUCUGUCGCAAGGAGCGCGGUACCAUUUGUGCCAGCCUCUUCUUCCUGACGAAUUUCGAAUUAGACUGUGUCAUGCUCGAGGGAUAUUGCGAGGGCUUACAGGGGUCAGCAUACAACGGCAUCAAGUUCUAA